CUAUCAAUACUGCAUCUGUAAUUUCUUGCAGAUAUGGCAAGUCUUCCGCAGCUCGCUUUGGAGGCAACAAGAUUACGAGGAAAGGUAGCAUUGAUCACAGGUGGGGCUAGGGGAAUAGGAGCAUGCAUGGCAAGGCUCUUCACUAGGCAUGGGGCAAAGGUCAUAGUCGCAGACAUUCGAGACAAACUAGGGCAAGCAUUAUGCAACGAUAUCGGUGUGGAAUCUGCUUCCUAUGUGCACUGCGAUGUUGCAAAAGAAUCUGACGUUGAAACUGCGGUCAAAACUGCGAUUUCUAAGCAUCAAAAGCUUGACAUAAUGGUCAACAAUGCUGCCUCAAUAAAUGAAGCUAAGCCAAGCAUUGCUGACAAUGAAGUGAGCGAAUUUGAAAAGGUUCUUAGUGUGAAUCUAACGGGUCCUUUCUUGGGAACCAAGCAUGCUGCCAAAGUAAUGAUUCCUGAAAGAAAAGGAAGCAUUAUAAAUGUGGGAAGUGUUUGUUCAAGUGUAGGAGGGGUUGCAACUCAUGCUUAUACCAGUUCUAAGCAUGGCUUGGUGGGUCUCACCAAGAAUGUGGCUGCUGAACUUGGCCAAUAUGGAAUCCGAGUGAACUGUGUGUCUCCUUAUUUCGUUGCCAAUGUUGCUGCAAAAGAUUUCUUCAAAUUAGAUGAUGAUGGAUGCUCUAGUGUUUAUUCCAAUCUUGAAGGGAUUUAUCUGCAAGAAGAAGAUGUGGCUGGAGCUGCGCUAUAUUUGGCUAGUGAUGAAUCCAAGUACAUAAGUGGGCAUAACCUGGCCAUAGAUGGCGGCUUUACUAGUAUCAAUCCAAUUUUUGGUGUGUUUUCAAGACCAAAGUAAUGUUAUUUGGGACCAUCGGUUGUUAGUUAUUUGUCUGUGUAACUGUGUCGUAAUAAAUUUUAGCUAUGGAUCGGAUUUCGUUUAGUCUAUUAAAAUAA